GGGAAGUGGAACAGGAAGACGUACGGAAAAGAAAAGAGAGGAGAAACGUGAAGACGUACGGAAAGAGUUGCAGGAAGAUGAACAGGAAAACAUUUAGAAAAAGAUGCGAGAGGAGCUACGGGAAAACCUAAAAAAACAGAAGACCUUCGGUGUCGGAUGAUUUAUCCAAGAAUUCCUCUUGAGCAAGAUAUUAUAAGAGCAUCAAUAACCCUCCUUUGACUUCACAUAUACGGCACUAGCAAAAUAUAAUUCAAUACUUGUUUUUCAGCAAUUGAACCAAAAAAUAUUUGCAUUGUCCGAGUAAAGAAAGUGUUGGUUUUGUUACUGAUUGACUCUCGAGUCUAAACAGCUUAAAACUCUUCGACAAGUCUGCUUCUCUGAUAUAUAUGCAUAAAUUAACAUCUCAGAGCUUGAGUGAUUUUUUAUUGCUACUUAAACGUAACCUAGAUAGCUGUAUUUUAAGAAUUGCAAUUUUUAUUGUCUCUAAAAUCUUUGCUUGAAAGUAAAAAUGCAUCAAUUUAUGAUGGAAAAUUGAUAGAAUAAACUAUUAAAGUCUACAAAGAGAGCAAAUAUUUUUGCAGUUAUUUACAACCCCUUAAAACAAUUUAAAAGUCAUUAUUUUAGCAGCAAUUUCCUCAACCAAAAUUUCAUAGCAUGCAACUACUAUUAAUUGACAAUCUUCGUAAAACACUUACCUAAAUUUGUUGUUUACUGAUCCGUCCUACCUACUAUUAAAAGCCAGCACAAUGAUGUGUUUGCCCAUCUUGUUGUUCUCAUUUACACUGUUACAAUAUGUACCACACUUUUCUUGUUUCUAUUUUGAAGAAUCUAUGUGUAUUGUAGUGACUGUUAAAUUGGCAUUAAAGCAAUUUAAUGAAAAUCUCCAUCUUUUUUAAAUGUCUGCGACUUUUAAAGAACAUACCUGACGAUCUAAAAACGCAGUUUAUACAGUAAUGCGAACGAUUUAGUCCUAAAGACCUUUCAAAUAUGGCAACAAAAAAUGGCAACAAGACCUUUCAAAUAUGGCACAUCUCUUGUCGCGUUCUACAAGAGAUGUGCUUGUAGAACGCGACAAUCGACAGGUGCCUUUCGUAGUGGAUUCAAGCAACUGUGUUUCAAAUUUUAUGCCUUUGUCUAAAUACCUCGUACGGAAAUGUUGAAAGAUCUUUGACGGCCGUUUUAUAGCAUUCCAUUGUAAUGAUGUAUUGCACUGCUGUUGUAUAAUUAAUUGUCAAUAAGAUAUUUGUUAAUAAAAUAAUGUACUUUUAUUUUACAAUUUUAUUUGAGACAUUUUACAGGUACCAAUCAUAAUUUGAAUAUGCUCAAUUAUUGUUGCAAUUGAUUGCAUUCAAGUCAACAAUGGGAUAUAUAUAAGAAUACAUUCAUCAAUUUGUGACAGAAUGUGUUUUAAACUUUUGAUAAUUACUCAAAUCACUUUGUUCGCGCAUUACGGAUACAGUUUGAGAUAGUUUUCCCUGUAAAAAAUGGAACGUCACUGCAAAAGCUUAAAAGAAGUGGAGGAAAAGCACAGAAUGGACAUUUUGAACAUUUUAAAGAGUUUUGAGUUUGAAAGAAAAGAUCUUGAGAAGAGAUUACGCGAGGAGUUUGAAAGGAAAGAAAAAACCCUGAAAAUCCAAGAAGAAUGUUUGAAGGAAGGGAGCGUAUGUGUUGAAAAAACAAAUAUAAAGACUGAAGAAGCGACAACGGACGAGAAAUUGCUGGAUAUACUGGACUUCGAGAAAGAUAUACCUCAAAGAAAAGCUCAGUUUCUCGACAGUGUUAACACAACUGAUAAUUUAGUUAACGUAGAAAGAAAGACGAAGUCUUUGCCUGUAAUAGAGGAAGAGAACAAACAACUAUCUCAAGCAUUAAACAGAAGCAAAGACGAAAUAAUUCGGCUCAAAAAUAAAGCUGAAGAUUUCAUGGAAGAUCUGAACAAUGUUCACAGACUUAUUGAGGAUGGAUCAAAGGAGUGUCUUGAACUUGAUUCUCGUUCCAAAAUAUUACCAGAAACACUGACUGAAACAAAGGUGUCAUUAUCUCGCAGUUUGGGUAAUGCCGAGGAAACUGAUGCAAAUCUUGAACAAGCUUAUUCUGUAUUGAGUUUUCGACUUGAAGAAUUAGACGUUGAAAACGAAGAUUUAAAACAGAAAGUAUCAAAUUUGGAGUUAAAGGUUCGCAGGAUUAUCGAAGAACACGAGCUGAAAUGUAAUGUCUUCAACGAUAGACUCGAUGAACUAACACAGAACAUCUUCUCGUAUAAAUGCUGUGAGGAUUCGUGUUUGAAAGAGCAGAUAGUCAACGAUUUAAGAAAAAUUCGUCUUCAAAGUGCGUCUUUCGAGUUAUUGGAGGAAUACGCAAGUAUUUCUUUACGUGAAAGCUUAAGCACAUCCUCUUUGGAGAUUGAUGACAUUAAUUUGUUUUUCGAGUUGCAAACGUUAGAACAAAUUUUAGAAAUGGAAAUUUUUGACUGUGGCGUGUUUGAUUUAAGAAUGAAGGAUAAACUGCGCUUGGUUUUGAAAGAAAAAGAAAAGAAACUUUUGAUUUCGUACACUGUUGAAAAAUUACGAAAUGAAAUAAGGCAUGCUGUUGUAAUUCAAGGUGCUAUGGAGGAAAUGCAGAAAGAAUUUGCGAAGGAUUUUUGUGUGCAUGAAGUUGUUAAUGAAGUAUUGAAGCAACAUUUCGAGACAUCGGUUACAGGAAGACUGGAUGACACUGAUGCCACUCAAGAUAAUGGCGAUGUUACUUGUGAACAUUUCAAUAUAUCCGACUACAUGGAAAAAUCAUUUGACAAGGUACUGCAGAAGCAUUCAGAAGAUGACAGCGUGAAGAACAAUGUCAAACGUAGUGAUGAUGAAAAAGAAAGAGGACAUUUGGACAACAUCAAGAAUUCAAGUGACACAAGUCAUAAUGAAGAGCUGGAAACAUCUCUGCAAGACUUACAAAAUCGUUUUGACCAGGAACGCCAAAUGUGGCAGGAAAAGCAAGUUGCUUUACAAGGCCCAGAAGAUUCUGAUGAUAGAGACAAAGAAUUGCGCUGUUUGAAAGCUCGCGAGAUAUUGAUGGAAGACAUAUGGAAAAAAGAAAUAUUUAAUUUGUCUCGUCUUUAUUACAUGGAAAUGAAAGAUGAAGUAAAUUCACGUUUAAAACGAGAAAAACAUAAUUGCAAAAUAAAACAUGAAAAGAACAGGCUUAUCGAUGCUUGGAAACAUCAUGCUGAAGUGGGAGAACUUUAUCAAGAAAUUUUGAGCAAAGAAAACGAAACUUUGGAAAACCUACAGAGAACCCGCGAAGAGGAUCAAGUUGAAGAAUAUGACAAUGAUGUGUUGAAGCAAGAGAGUUUUAAAAUUCAACAACAGUUGCCGUUGAGGUUUGAGCUAUUGGAGUUACAAAGAAAACGAUGUCGAGAUCAUAAAGCAGCCAAUCACAUCAUUGAACAGGCCGUGGUUGCCUUGGAAACUGUCAUGAAAGAACCUAACGAGUUUUUCAAUGAUGAAAAACGCAAAUCGAGUUGGUCCAGCAUUGAAGACAAUCCAGUACUUACAUCACAAAACGAUCUUUCCAAUGCUGAGUUUGAAAAUUUCUCAAAGGAAAUGAAUGCCAAUACCGAGAAGAUACAAACGAGAAGCGCAUUGACUGAUGGGUUGGUUCAAAUAUUGGAAAAUGUCCUUGAAGAUUACGGAAAGAAAAAUGACAGAUUUCUUGACCCAUGCAUCAGUGAUAGUGAGCCGAGUGAUGCUGAAGGGUUUUUUUGUUCAAUAAAUACGAGUGUGGAUGAUUCUUAUACAAAAAAUAAAAAUGAUGCAACUCUUGAAGCACCGACUACACAAGAAAAAACGUUGGACGUUGUGGAUGUUAUCCAAGAAACGACCAGGAAUAAAGUAAUUCCAGAAAUCAUUGAACUUUCACCUGCUACCGAAAAGAUGUUUUACACUGAGAGAUUUGACAUUUGUCAGUUGCCUCGUGAGGAGUACAUUGACAACAACCAUAGAAAGACGAAGAAGUUAAGUAGAGCAACAAAGAACAAUAAGAAAAAAAAUAUGAAAAUAAUUUCUUUAUUCCGCGAAAAAACAUUGGCUUUUCUUGAAGAUAUUGGAAUUUGUGGCAAGGUGAAGGCAAAGAAUACAUCCCCACGAAAGAGAGCAUGCGCAACACCUGGCGAUGAUAAAGAAAUUAUUGAUUCCGUUGAGCAACAUGAGAUCUUGCAGAAAUAUAAAAAAAUGCUUGUGAUAGCAAAGAAAGAUUUAGAUCGUGCCCAUAGAGCUCUUAAAUUUCGAGUCAUAGGUCAAGAAAAUGCAAAAAGUAAGAACUUUAAGAUCAACGAUCGCGAAGAAAAUAAUGAGAAACAAGAUGGUCUUGAAAAUAAUAGUAACUCAGAGGAUGUCUGCAUUUUGGAGAAAGACAACAAAAAACCAUCUUGUGAUACUAAGUAUAUGGUUGAAGAUUCUGACGAAAAUACUUUUUCUGAUGUAACUAGCUUAAUAUCAGAGGAUGGACACAGUGAAGAUGAAGCUAAAGAGUUGAAUGAGCACGAACUUACUGGUAACAAUGAAGAUAAAAAUAGAGAAAUGGAUGAUUCUGAAGUAACUAAUAACAAUGAAGAUGAAGCUGGAGAAGUGAUGGAGCCUGAAGUAACUGUUCACAAUGAAGAUGAAGCUGGAGAAGUUGGGGAGACUGAAGUAACUGAUCACAAUGAAGAUGAAGCUGGAAAAGUGGUGGAGCCUGAAGUAACUGAUCACAAUGAAGAUGAAGCUGGGGAAGUGAUGGAGCCUGAAAUAACUGAUCACAAUGAAGAUGAAGAUGGAGAAGUAGGGAGACUGAAGUACUGGAAAUGGUGGAGAAGAAAAAUCUUGGAGAAGAAAGAGAAGUUUGGAGCUGAAAUUAAGAUGGAACAGAACAGUGAACUUAAGGAUAAGGUGGAUAUGUUGGAAGAACAGAACAGUGAACUUAAGGAUAAGGUGGAUAUGUUGGAAGAACAGAACAGUGAACUUAAGGAUAAGAUGAAUAUAUUAGAGGAGCAGAAUAGUGAACUUAAGGAUAAGAUGGAUAUGUUAGAGGAACAAAACAGUGAACCUAACGAUAAGGUGGAUAUGUUAGAGGAAAAGAACAGUGAACUUAAGGAUAAGGUGGAUAUGUUAGAGAAGCAGUACAGUGAACUUAAGGACAAGGUGGAUAUGUUAGAGGAACAGAGUAGUGAACCUAAGGAUAAGGUGGAUGUGUUAAAGGAACAGAGCAGUGAACUUAAGGACAAGGUGGAUAUGUUAGAGGAACAGAACAGUGAACUUAAGGACAAGGUUGAUAUGUUAGAGGAACAGAACAGUGAACCUAAGGAUAAGGUGGAUAUGUUAGAGGAAAAGAACAGUGAACUUAAAGAUAAGGUGGAUAUGUUAGAGAAGCAGUACAGUGAACUUAAGAACAAGGUGGAUAUGUUAGAGGAACAGAGUAGUGAACCUAAGGAUAAGGUGGAUGUGUUAAAGGAACAGAGCAGUGAACUUAAGGACAAGGUGGAUAUGUUAGAAAAGCAGAACGGUGAACCUAAGGAUAAGGUGGAUACGUUAGAGGGACAGACCAGUGAACCUAAGGACAAGGUGAAUGUGUUAGAGGAACAGACCAGUGAACCUAAGGAUAAGGUGGAUACGUUAGAGGGACAGACCAGUGAACCUAAGGACAAGGUGAAUGUGUUAGAGGAACAGACCAGUGAACCUAAGGAUAAGGUGGUUAUGUUAGAAGAACAGAACACUGAACCUAAGGAUAUGGUGGAUAUGUUAAUGGAACAGACCAGUGAACCUAAGGACAAGGUGAAUGUGUUAGAGGAACAGAACAGUGAACUUAAGGACAAAGUGGAUAUGUUAGAGGAACAGACCAGUGAACCUAAGGACAACGUGGAUAUGUUAGAGGAACAGACCAGUGAAUCUAAGGACAAGGUGAAUAUGUUAGAAGAACAGACCAGUGAACCUAAGGAUAAGGAGGAUAUGUUUGAAGAACAGAACAGUGAACCUAAGGAUAUGGUGGAUAUGUUAAAGGAACAGCACAGUGAACUUAAUGAUAAUGUGGAUAUGUUAGAAGAACAGAACAGUGAACCUAAGGAAAAGGUGGAUAUGUUAGAGGAACAGACCAGUGAACCUAAGGACAAGGUGGAUAUGUUAGAAGAACAGACCAGUGAACCUAAGGACAAGGUGGAUAUGUUAGAAGAACAGAACAGUGAAUCUAAGGACAAGGUGGAUACGUUAGAGGAACAGACCGGUGAACCUAAGGACAAGGUGGAUAUGUUAGAGGAUCAAACCAGUGAACCUAUGGACAAGGUGGAUAUGUUAGAAGAACAGAAUAGUGAACCUAAGGACAAGGUGGAUAUGUUAGAAGAACAGACCAGUGAACCUAAGGACAAGGUGGAUAUGUUAGAAGAACAGAACAGUGAACCUAAGGACAAGGUGGAUUUGUUAGAGGAACAGACCAGUGAACCUAAGGAUAAGGUGGAUACGUUAGAAGAACAGAACAGUGAACCUAAGAACAAGGUGGAUAUGUUAGAGGAACAGACCAGUGAACCUAAGGACAAAGUGGAUAUGUUAGAAGAACAGAACAGUGAAUCUAAGGACAAGGUGGAUACGUUAGAGGAACAGACCGGUGAACCUAAGGACAUGGUGGAUACGUUAGAGGAACAGAACAGUGAAUCUAAGGACAAGGUGAAUAUGUUAGAGGAUCAGACCAGUGAACCUAAGGAAAAGGUGGAUAUGUUAGAGGAACAGACCAGUGAACUUAAGGACAAGGUGGAUAUGUUAGAAGAACAGACCAGUGAACCUAAGGACAAAGUGGAUAUGCUAGAGGAACAGACCAGUGAACCUAAGGACAAAGUGGAUAUGUUAGAGGAACAGAACAGUGAACCUAAGGACAAGGUGAAUAUGUUAGAAGAACAGAACAGUGAACCUAAGGACAAGGUGGAUAUGUUAGAAGAACAGAACAGUGAACCUAAGGACAAGGUGGAUAUGUUAGAAGAACAGACCAGUGAACCUAAGGACAAGGUGGAUAUGUUAGAAGAACAGAACAGUGAAUCUAAGGACAAGGUGGAUACGUUAGAGGAACAGACCGGUGAACCUAAGGACAAGGUGGAUAUGUUAGAGGAUCAAACCAGUGAACCUAUGGACAAGGUGGAUAUGUUAGAAGAACAGAAUAGUGAACCUAAGGACAAGGUGGAUAUGUUAGAAGAACAGACCAAUGAACCUAAGGACAAGGUGGAUAUGUUAGAAGAACAGAACAGUGAACCUAAGGACAAGGUGGAUUUGUUAGAGGAACAGACCAGUGAACUUAAGGAUAAGGUGGAUACGUUAGAAGAACAGAACAGUGAACCUAAGAACAAGGUGGAUAUGUUAGAGGAACAGACCAGUGAACCUAAGGACAAAGUGGAUAUGUUAGAAGAACAGAACAGUGAAUCUAAGGACAAGGUGGAUACGUUAGAGGAACAGACCGGUGAACCUAAGGACAUGGUGGAUACGUUAGAGGAACAGAACAGUGAACCUAAGGACAAAGUGGAUAUGUUAGAGGAACAGACCAGUGAACCUAAGGACAAGGUGGAUAUGUUAGAAGAACAGACCAGUGAACCUAAGGACAAAGUGGAUAUGUUAGAGGAACAGACCAGUGAACCUAAGGACAAAGUGGAUAUGUUAGAAGAACAGAACAGUGAAUCUAAGGACAAGGUGGAUACGUUAGAGGAACAGACCGGUGAACCUAAGGACAUGGUGGAUACGUUAGAGGAACAGAACAGUGAACCUAAGGACAAAGUGGAUAUGUUAGAAGAACAGACCAGUGAACCUAAGGACAAAGUGGAUAUGUUAGAGGAACAGACCAGUGAACCUAAGGUGGAUACGUUAGAAGAACAGAACAGUGAAUCUAAGGACAAGGUGGAUAUGUUAGAGGAACAGAAUAGUGAACCUAAGGACAAGGUGAAUAUGUUAGAAGAACAGAACAGUGAAUCUAAGGACAAAGUGGAUACGUUAGAAGAACAGACCAGUGAACCUAAGGACAAAGUGGAUAUGCUAGAGGAACAGACCAGUGAACCUAAGGACAAAGUGGAUAUGUUAGAGGAACAGAACAGUGAACCUAAGGACAAGGUGAAUAUGUUAGAAGAACAGAACAGUGAACCUAAGGACAAGGUGGAUAUGUUAGAAGAACAGAACAGUGAAUCUAAGGACAAGGUGAAUAUGUUAGAGGAACAGAACAGUGAAUCUAAGGACAAGGUGGAUAUGUUAGAGGAACAGAACAGUGAAUCUAAGGAUAAGGUGGAUAUGUUAGAAGAACAGAACAGUGAACCUAAGGAUAUGGUGGAUAUGUUAAAGGAACAGCACAGUGAACUUAAUGAUAAUGUGGAUAUGUUAGAAGAACAGAACAGUGAACCUAAGGAAAAGGUGGAUAUGUUAGAGGAACAGACCAGUGAACCUAAGGACAAAGUGGAUAUGUUAGAGGAACAGACCAGUGAACCUAAGGACAAAGUGGAUAUGUUAGAGGAACAGAGCUGUGAACCUAAGGACAAGGUGGAUAUGUUAGAGGAACAGACCAGUGAACCUAAGGACAAGGUGAAUAUGUUAGAAGAACAGAACAGUGAAUCUAUGGACAAGGUGAAUACGUUAGAGGAACAAAACAGUGAACCUAAAGACAAGGUGGAUAUGUUAAAGGAACAGAGCAGUGAACCUAUGGACAAGGUGGAUAUGUUAGAGGAACAGACCAGUGAAUCUAAGGACAAGGUGGAUAUGUUAGAGGAUCAGACCAGUGAACCUAAGGACCAGGUGGAUGCGUUAGAGGAACAGACCAGUGAACCUAAGGACAAAGUGGAUAUGAUAGAGCAACAGACCAGUGAACCUAAGAACAAGGUGGAUAUGUUAGAAGAACAGAACAGUGAAUCUAAGGACAAGGUGGAUAUGUUAGAGGAACAGAACAGUGAAUCUAAGGACAAGGUGGAUAUGUUAGAGGAACAGAACAGUGAAUCUAAGGACGAGGUGGAUAUGAUAGAGCAACAGACCAGUGAACCUAAGAACAAGGUGGAUAUGUUAGAAGAACAGAACAGUGAAUCUAAGGACAAGGUGAAUAUGUUAGAGGAACAGAACAGUGAAUCUAAGGACAAGGUGGAUAUGUUAGAGGAACAGAACAGUGAAUCUAAGGACGAGGUGGAUAUGUUAGAGGAACAGACCAGUGAACCUAAGAACAAAGUGGAUAUGUUAGAGGAACAGACCAGUGAACCUAAGGACAAAGUGGAUAUGUUAGAGGAACAGACCAGUGAACCUAAGGACAAAGUGGAUAUGUUAGAGGAACAGAGCUGUGAACCUAAGGACAAGGUGGAUAUGUUAGAGGAACAGACCAGUGAACCUAAGGACAAGGUGAAUAUGUUAGAAGAACAGAACAGUGAAUCUAUGGACAAGGUGAAUACGUUAGAGGAACAGAACAGUGAACCUAAAGACAAGGUGGAUAUGUUAAAGGAACAGAGCAGUGAACCUAUGGACAAGGUGGAUAUGUUAGAGGAACAGACCAGUGAAUCUAAGGACAAGGUGGAUAUGUUAGAGGAUCAGACCAGUGAACCUAAGGACCAGGUGGAUGCGUUAGAGGAACAGACCAGUGAACCUAAGGACAAAGUGGAUAUGAUAGAGCAACAGACCAGUGAACCUAAGAACAAGGUGGAUAUGUUAGAAGAACAGAACAGUGAACCUAAGGAUAAGGUGGAUAUGUUAGAGGAACAGACCAGUGAACUUAAGGAUAAGGUGGAUAUGUUAGAGGAACAGACCAGUGAACUUAAGGUCAAGGUAGAUAUGUUAGAGGAACAGAACAGUGAACCUGAGGAUAAGGGGAUAUGAGAGGAACAGAACAGUGAACUUAAAGAUAAGGUGGAUAUGUUAGAGGAGCAGAACAGUGAACUUAAGGACAAGGUGGGUAUGUUAAUGGAUUUUCAGAAGCAUAUACACAAAUUGUUUGGACAGCACGAUGCUGAUAAAUCAGGUAUGCAAGAAAAUAUCCAACAUGAAAGAACUACAUUGGAAAGUGUUGUGAAGAAUCUUGUUGACGAAAUCGUUCGACUGAAUGAGGAGAAAAAUGAAACAAUCAGGGAAUAUAGUGUUGAGAAAGAAAAUCUUCAAAUUUCAUUUGACAAUGAAAGAAAAGACUUAAUGACGAGUAAGGAGAAAAUGAGGAUUGAAGUGGAAGAGGAAUUAAAAAAAAAGUUUCAGGAUGAUAUGGAAGAGGCAGGAAAAGAAAUUAGAACAAAAGAAACGUCGCUUCAAGAGGAUUUAAUUAAAAUGAAGACAGAUAAUAUUGAAUUGGCAUCAAAACUUUCAGAAGUAAGAGAGGAAAUAAAAAAUAAAUGGAUUGAAUAUGCGAAUUCCACUGUUCAACAAAACCGUGCUCAUGACGCGCACAUUGUGAAUGAUUUGAACGUUGAGAUAAAUGAAGAGAGAAAAAGUUUUUAUGAAAUACUAUCAUCGUUAAGGAUGGAAAUGGAGAAAUUACAAAAGAAACAUUGGCAUAUCGUUGAUGAAAUGUCUGUGAAACAAAAAAAUCUCGAAAAACAGAUUGUCGUCAUUUACGAGAAGUUAAGCGCAGAAUUCCAAGAGAAAAUGAAUUCAGAGAAAUUGCAAAUGGAAAGUAAAUUAAAAGAGCUUUAUGAAGAAAAUGCAAUGUUAAAUAAUCAGAAACAAGAGUUGAUAAGGAGUAUGGGAAAGGAGAAACUUGAAUUGAGACAAAAAUAUGAACGUGAAAAAGAAGAUUUAGCCGAAAAAUAUCGUGAUGUAUUGAAAACAUUGAAGAAGACUGUCGAGGAAGCGCAAAAAAAGCAACUUCAAUCACAAACACAGAUGUUUGAUGAACUACGCCAAAAAGUACGCGACAGAGACUCGACAAUUCAACAAUACCAAGUAUUUUUUCAAGAAUUGAAGAAAGAAGCUGAAUUGUUACAGGAGGAUUCAGACGCAAGUUUUUGAUGAAGAAAGGUUACACUGCUUUCCUUGAAAACAUCUUUCAGGGCGCUAGGACCUCUCCAUGUCAAAAAAUUUUUUAUUAUAUGCAUGCCGAUAAUAGUUAAUAACAUAACAUUAAAUAAUGUAAGAAUAAACAAAUGAUGUAAUUUAUGGUUCGAUUUAUGGUAUAAUUUAUGGUGUAAUGUAUCAUGUAUGGUAUAAUUUAUGGUAUAAUUUAUGGUGUAAUUUAUGGUAAAAUUGAUGGUAAGAUUGAUGUGGUAGUCAUUUGCUCAAAAUACUCAGCAUCACAGAAAAAUUGAAA